AUGUACUAUGAAAUUGUCGUGUAUGAUUCGAGGUACUCGAAUGAUGUUGGCUAUGAGGUUUACACGAUCAGCGAGGAGACGUUGAGAAUGAAGAAAGCGAUGUGCAAUCGAUUAGAAGGGGUCCGAAUUGAGAAUUUAACAUCGCGUCUAAUUGUUUUAUUAUGUGAUGAUGAAACCAGUGAUAAAUGUUUCUUCGAAAGUCUCGCUGUGUGUGCGCAAAAGCUUAAAAGCGAAUACAAACACUUUAGGGUUUGGAACGUGUCUCAAAAGCGCAACGAUGUUAAAGCGAUAUUUGACGCAAUUCCGUUUGGAUGGCCCGGCGGGACAACGCCGCAACUCGAAAAAUUGUGCACAAUUUGCAAACAAAUCGACCAGUACCUAGUUGAUCAUCCACUUAACGUGGCGGUUAUAUUCUGCAAGGGUCGAUUGGAAAGAGCGGCCAUCGUCGUUGACGCCCUCAUGCGAUACAAUGCGAUAUCGGCAAUCGACGAUUUACUCGAAGACCGAUUCAGUAUGCAAAAAUUCUCCGAGAAAUACCUCACAUCCUCCGAAUGCCUGCCGAGCUACAAACGAUACAUCGGCUAUUUCACGUCGUUGCUGUCGGGACGAAUCGCCGUGAACACGCAAGCAAUGUACCUGAAAAAAAUCGGCAUCUCGCAUUUCGGCGAUCAGCAAGUCUAUGUGAAAAUCUAUGAACGAUUGUCGCCGGUCUAUCAAACGAUUCCAGCUAUUCUUAAAGAGACAUCAUAUUUCGACAUUGAGCAUUGUGUGAAACUUCGCGGCGAUGUCUUCAUCAAGUGUAUAAUAGCGGCCUCCUCACCCGCAUCUCGUUCGCGUUGCCUAUUCACUUGCCAAAUCAACACGUGCUCGAUUGAUUUGAAUUUUCUGCCCGAAACCGAUCGCAAUUGUCAUUCUCUGAAGCUGCACAAAGAGGAUCUCGAUUUGGUGUUCAAUGACAAAAAGGUGAGCAAUUCCGCGGCUCUUGAAUUAUUCCUAACCUACGAUGUUCCGCCAGUGAGUUUCGCGUCAGCAGCUGCCCAAACAAUUGUCACAUUGCUGCCGAGAAAUAAUAGUUAUGAACGUUUCGAUUGCGCUCAAGACGAACACGAGAAUCGAUCGAACGUUGAAGUUGAAUAUAGUGAAAUUCGAAAGAAUCGAAAUAGUGGAAGAAAAAUUGCCGACGCAGAGAAAAUGCCUGCUCCACCGCCAGUACCGCCGAAGCCGUCAACGCCGAUCAUGAAUGGCGAGCGAAUCGAUUUUGAAAUUCCCGAAAGACGUGGAAUUCUACCGGCGCAAAUCCGCGAAAAAAUCAACAAGAAAAAAGAGUUUGAGGGUCGCGCAACACCAAGCAUCGAGCCCGAUCUAGUUGGACAAGACCGAUAUGAUCGUGCCUCUCGCUGUUUCUCAUAUGUGCCGGCAAAAUCGGUGCAAGAAGCAUUUGAAAGACCCCGAAGGUCGUCGAUUACAAAAACGAUUGAGAGGCGUGAGGAAAGUGUUGAUCGCGUUUCGCAAGACGAAGUCGCUAGUGUGGCGAUUCCCCGAAGCUACACGCCAUCGCAUAUGGAGCCGCCAAAGUGGGACGAACAAGUCGAGGAAGCGAAGCAAGCGGCCCUUCUUGAAGAAUUGGCACGCGCUCCGUCGACUAUUCAUGAUAUUCAUAACGAGAAGCCGCAAGUGAUUGAGCAGGCGCAGAAAGCUGUCGUCACACCGACAUCAACGCUGCAGCGGAGGAAUAAUUUUGGGAGCUAUCGAACGCUGAAUGAUGAUGCGUAUUGCAGUGAUAUGGAUGACUUGUGCAAUCCGGAUUACUAUCUGAAUUUCACGACGAAACCCGCCGCUCAAACACAACCGCACGCCGGCAGCCGAAGUGUUCAGAUGCCGCGAAAAAAAUUGAAUCCGUCGACGUUUGGCGAUCUCGACGACGUCCUUAACACCACCAACAAAUUGUCGCCGGCGUAUUCGGUCGGCGACGUGCGCUCGACGACAAACGUUUAUGGCCGCGAUAAUGAGGACGGCGAUCGGCAGAAUUAUCGACAACGAAACUGCCAAUCAGUCAACAACCAGAGACAACCUGAAUCCGACAAUGUCGCCGACUCGUGGCUCAAUGGCAAACUGAAAAAGGUGCGCAGUCGUCGUGACAUUGAUUCGGAUCUCGCGCGGCGUCGAACACAAGAGCAAAUUUUGCUCAACGAGCUUAAAGAGCCGACAUCGCACACGACGACGCAAUUCAUCGAUCCUCUCGCCGAAUUCCGAAAGGAGGAGGAGCGUCUGAAGAACACUAGGAGCCCGUAUGAUGGAUGGCGCGGACGGAUGCGUGGAAAGCCGCCGACACCGCCGCCGAGAGAGUCGAGUACGAGUCCGGUCAAUCGAAUGACACCCAACUAUGAGCUCAAUCGUCAGCGGCACAAUCAAUCGGUUCCGCUUCCGGCAACUCAUCGGCACAAUGACGAUGAAGUUGAUGUGAAUUCAUUGCUCAAUUACACGCCAUCGUAUGAGACGUCGACAAUUGAGCGAGGAAGGAGUCUGUCGCGUGGCGCACGCAUUCAGGACGCCUAUUACGCGUCGCAUCAAGAUUUGCCGGCGCGCUUUAAUUCGGGCCAAGAGCGUGUGGCAGCGGCGAUUUGUCGCGCUGAGACGCCGCAUCGCGACAUUUACGCUAGCGGAACGCUGAACAGAGCCGAAACGCCGGGACGAUAUUUUCCCGAAAAUAGUGCCGUUCUCGAGCGCGCUGCAACUCCAUCGUUUCCCGUCUCAAGAUCAACACCGCUUCCAUUCCACCCUCUACUCUAUAAUAAUAAUAAUAAUGGAAGCAAUGGCUAUUCGACAGGCACACUUAAUCAUCGAUCAUCGUCGCCGCGCAAUGCCCAACAUUACAACUCGUCGACGCUAAGUCGGCACUCGUCAAUUAAUUCUGUCGGUGAGUAG